UGCCGGGUGUCCCCCUCGUGAGCCCAGAGUGGUUCCGCCACCGCGCCGAGAAGUCGGUGGCUGUGGUGGUGGCUGUGGUGGUGGUGUGAGGCUCCGGUGAAGCCGAACGCCCGCCACGUCCUCGUCCACCCUCGUCGUUAUCGUCGUUAUCGUCGUCACCCAACCCGUCCGACCUCGUCUCUUGGUCGCCCAUAUCGAGGGCCAAAAAGCUGGCACCGCGUAGCGGCUCGUGCCAGGACCAGGGGCCGUGCCGUUCCGUGCGCCCCCGUGCCACGCCGACGCGGGCGCCAUGUACUCGGAGUGGCGUUCGCUGCAGCACCUGAUUGAGCGUGACCAGGGCCACCUGAGUGUGCUGCACAGCUUUCCCGAGAGCGUAGGCCGCGAUGUCGUGGUGGCGGUGGUGCGGCCCCUCAGCCAACCGACCGCCGACUCCAUCCUGCACACGGACAAGGAGGUGAAAUGGACGAUGGAGGUGCUGUGCUUCGGGUUGUCGCUGGCGCUGGAUGGGGACGCGGUGCGCUUGUGCGUCGACGUCUACACCGAGUGGCUGCGGGCGCUGGCCGAGCCGCGGCUGCCCAACCUCCCGACACCCGUGCGCCGUGAACCCAACGCCUACUCGCGCAACAUCUUCAAGCACCUCUACAACCUCUUUGUGCCCAGGAGCGACGGCAGCACGCAGAAGCAGGCGGAGCUCUGCCGUGGGGUGCUGCACGCCGUGCAGAGGCUGGCGCGCGAUGCCACGACCAUGGAGCGUGAGACGUGGGAGGAGCUGCUGCUCUUCCUGCUGCACAUCAACGACACACUGCUCGCCGCUCCGACGCACAUUGGGGGACUGGCGGAGCAGCUGGCUGAUAAGCUGAUCGCCGUGUUGUUCGAGGCGUGGAUGCUGGCGUGCGCGCGCUGUUUCCCGACGCCCCCGUUUUGGCGCACGGCACGCGAGAUGGUGGCCUGCUGGCGCCAUCACACGGCGGUGGUGGACCAGUGGAGCCGAGUCGUGUCGGCCCUCACCUCAAGGCUCCUGCGCUUCAUGUAUGGCCCGGUGUUCCCGCUGUUCAAAGUGCCGGAGGAGGAUGCCGGGCUCAUCCCACCGGACAUGGAGAACGACUGUGUGGCCCAGACCUGGUUCCGUUUCCUGCACAUGCUCAGUAACCCGGUGGAGCUGAGCAACCCUGGCGUGGUGGCGUCGACACCGAGGUUCCAGCAGACUCUGCUGGAGGUGGGCGGGGUGCUGCACGACGUGCCGCAGUUCCAGUGCCUGCGCCAGCUCCCGGUCAUCUUCUUCCGUGCCAUGCGUGGCGUCUCAACCCUCGUUGACGCCUUUCUCGGGAUCUCGCGAGCGCGCUCGGACAGCGCCCCUGCCACGCCGGUGAACCCGAGCCGCCUGAGCAUGCCGGUGAUGAGCGGCGCCGGUGGCGGGGCGCCCACCACAUCCCCGCACACCAAGAGGGCGCGCGCCGUCACCAUCAGCAAGACCACGAGCAAAGCGUCCGCUGGGUCGCACUCCCAGGGCGUGCCGGGCGGCACCCACGCCAGCCGCUCCGCGCUUGCGUCGUCCUCUUCAUCGGCCACGUCCUCGGCCCCGUCCUCGACGCCGUCGCUGGUGCCCGCGCCGCGCGACCAGGGGGCGAUGCUGCAGCAGGCGGCGCCUUCGCUGGUGCAGCUCAGCUGCGAGCCGAGGCCCCCGCCGGCGCCGACCCGCCCGCGCGUCAACUCCGUGCUCAACCUGUUCGGCCAGUGGCUGUUCGACGCGGCGCUCGUGAGCUGCCGGCUGGAUGGCGCCGUCAGCCGUGACGGCAGCAUGACGGCAUCUUUUACCCAAAUCCUUCUUUAUUGUCUAUCAACGCAAGGCGGCGCCUCUGGCCCCGGCGCCGGGGUUCCCUCGUCCGCUGCGUCCUCCGCUCAGGACGUCCGCCGCAGCAAGGCCUUUCAGCCGACGGCGGGCGACCUAUCCGGCCUCGGCGGCCCGGGCGGCCCCGGCGGCCCCGGCGGCCCCGGCGGCCCGGGCGGCGCGGGCGGCGGAGGUGGCCCCGGGUCCGCUCCAUUGCUGUCCCUCGACUCGGCCGAUCUUCCCGAGGGCUACGACACGGGGCGCGCGGAGGCGUGCGGGACGCUCUGCAGAAUCUUCUGCAGUAAGAAGACGGGCGAGGAGAUCUUGCCCGUCUACCUGGCCAGGUUCUACAUGGUGCUGAUACAAGGCCUGCAGAUCCAGGAGCGCGCCGUGUGCCGCCCAGUCCUCGCCAGCAUCCUGCUCAACUCUCCCACGCUGCUCUGCUCCGACCUGCAGGGCAUCCACGUGCUCGUGCCCUACUUCAUCUCUGCCCUCGAGAUCAUCCUGCCUGACAGGGAUCUGCAGAAGUUCAAGCCGUUUGUGAACACCACCGACCUGCGGCACGCCGCCAUCCAGCUGCUUCUCUCCAUGCUGCCGCUGCCGCUGCACUUUGGGACCCUGCGAACCGAGACGGUGCUGGACAACCGCUUUCUGGAUGAGCGUGGCGGCGUCGGGGAGCGUCCCGGAACCUUCCUGGUGCUCAAACUGCGGCUCGUGAACCUGCUGAUCGGAGCGCUACAGACGGAGACUGACUCCUGCAACACGCAGAUGAUACUGGGCGCCAUGCUAAGUAUGGUUCAGGAUUCCGCGCUGCUGGAAGCUGUGGGCCCACAGACGGAGGUCGACGACGCGCAGAGGACACACAGCCGCAACAGCAGCGGCGUGAGCGCGUCGAGCAGCAGCAGCACGGAGGCCGCCACCCCGGAGGGCGACCGGCCCACCCAGGCUAUGAUGCGGGACUACGGCUCCCUCCCACCCCAAGACAGCGCUCUGGGCCUGCUGGUGCGCGCCAUCCACCUGGUGACGCAGCGCGUGCGCACGCAGUGGAAGGCCGACCUCAAGGUGUCUCUCGCCGCACUGGAACUGCUCUCCGGCCUCGCCAAGGUGCGCGUGACCCCCGAGAUGGCGGAGAGGCGGCGCGCGGUGAGUGCGGUGUGCGAGUUCAUCGUGUUCCAGUGCAGCCGCCCGGCGCCGUUCCACUCGCGGGACCUGCACUCCAUGAUCGUGGCCGCCUUCCAGUGCCUGUGCGUGUGGCUCACCGAGCACCCGGAGCUGCUCGACGAAAAGGAAUGUUUGUGGGAGGUGCUGGAGAUUGUGGAAUUGGGCAUUUCGGGCAGCAAGUCUCGCUCGUCCGAAGGGGAGGUGACCUGCAAGGCGGAGAAGGAGCAGAACCCGGCUUCGCUUCGCGUCAAGGAAGCAGCAGAGGCCACGCUCACCUGCGUGAUGCAGCACCUGGGCGCCUUCCCGGCUCCGAGUGGCGCCGCGUCGCUGUGCAGCCUGCUCAAGGAGGAGACGCUUUUGCGGCAGGCACGUGGGGGCGAUGGCGGCGGCGGCGGCGGCGGCGGCAGCCCCGGCAACGCGGCCGUGGAGGCCGUGCCCCCGCACGCUCACUUCCGCUACUUCGUGCUCGACAACAGCGUGGUGCUCGCCAUCCUGGAGCAGCCGCUCGGAAACCACCAGACAGAUCCCUGCCCAACGGUGACGGUGCUGAUCCGCGGGCUGGGCGGGCGGCAUGCGUGGACCUUGCAGCUGCGACAGCAGCCCCGGGACUGCCCCGUCGUGCUCAAGCCCUUCGCGACGGAGAACCGACCGGCGCCGCUGGCAAACGUGGGCACUCGAUACAACGUGAAGCACCGCGUGUUCCCCGAGGAGGUGGACAAGAUCCCCUUCGUGAAGGCUGACUGCAGCAUCCCCGACCUGCCCGACAUCAUCAACGAGCAGAUGGCGCUGCAGCAGGAGAAGCUGCGCAAGCUGAUGGAGCAGCAGAUGGCGUACGAGGCGGACGUGACGCACGCGCGGGAGCGGGCGCAAGCGUCUGUCGAGUUCCCCGACCCGUCCACAGAGUGCCGACUGCCACAGCCAUCACAGGACUUCCAGACGGCACGCCUCUUCCUCUCCCACCUUGGCUUCCUUUCGCCGGAAGCGCUCAAGGAGAUGGGCGCAAGCAGGAUGCCACCCACCUGGUGGGCGCUAGACCAGACGAUGCCCGGAUUCCUCGAGGACCUGGCCUUGCUGGACGCUCUGCCCUCGCGUCCGUUCGACACGGUCUUCAUCUUCUACGUGCGCGCGGGCCAGCGCAUGCCACGCGAGAUCCUACGCAACGUGGACAGCGCCACCUCCGUGCAGCCGCACUUCCUGGAGCUGCUGGGCUCGCUGGGCUGGCCGGUGCAGGUUGGGCGGCACCCGGGCUGGACCGGCCACGUCACCUCCAGCUGGCACAUCGCCGGCGGCAGUUACGGCGGGGAGGACGGGGACGGAGACGGAACGUCGCCCGUGGACGAGCCGGUCAUGACGGAGGGCAGCGGCGGGGGCGUCUUCAACGGAGACCGCAGGGUCCUCUACUACGCCGACGCGCUCACCGAGGUGGCCUUCGUGGUGCCCUCACUGCCCGCCUCCGCGGAUCCCGCAGCCGACCCACAGCUGUUGGCCCUGGACAACGAGGCCAACCAGGAGUUUCUGGCAAAGGUGCUGAAGCAGCACUCCCUGAGCCUGGAGCUCUUCCCAAGCCAGAACGAUGGCCCCAACGCCAACCAGCAGGGGAGUUUGAACGGACGGAUAAAGAAGUCCGCGUUGGGGCGGCCCCUUCCCCCGCUGGGGCCUGAGACCAAGGUCAUGGUGGUGUGGGUGGAAAGCUACGACGACAUCGAGAAUUUGCCGCUAUCGGAACUGCUUCAAGAGACAAUAACGGGGAUGGAGGCGCCUGUCAACAGCAGCACCUCCGUCAGGUCUGCGUCUCCGGACAAGGAAGUGCCGGUGAUCUUCAUCCACCCGCUGCGCACCGGGCUGUUCCGUGUGCGCCUGCAAACCUCCUCCAGCAAGUCCACGAUGGCCAUCCCGCUGGUGGACGGCAUGGUGGUCAGCCGCCGGGCCCUUGGCUCGUUGGUGCGGCAGACGGCCGUGAAUGCGUGCCGCCGCAAGCGCUUAGAGAGCGACGCGUACAGCCACCCGCACGUGCGGCGCAAGCUCAAGAUCGCCGAGCUCGUCGCCAAGUACCGCAGCCGGCUCAUCGAGCCCGAGUUCUACACCUCGCUCUUCCAGGGAAGUCGGGAUAUAGCCCCCCCCCCCCCCCCCCGAGCACAAGCAGCGGCAGGGAGCGCGAGCAGAGGUGGGCGAGGUGGAAGUGAUUGGCGGCUGCCACUGAAUUUCCUCCGCGCUCCAUCGCGCGUCUUUCAAGGACUGUGACUCUGGCGUGGCUGGGCGAGACGGAGAACCCUCGGUGUCAUCCAUCUGGGUGGGGUGAGAUUGGCUUUGGCGUACGCGUCGUGACCGAUGACGCAGCUCACAGCGAGGAGCCAGAUGCGCCUCCCUUCCACGCACGCAGCACGCGAAACGAAUGUUUGGAAUAAGAGCGCGGAGUUCAAGAAUGUGGUUCUGUCCGAAAGUGGUCCACCGCUGCUGUCGGUGCUGGGGAGCAGGGAAUGGGCAGGUGUAGACGGGAGAGGGCGUUGUUGAUGAAGCACAACACUUCACCACACGGGCCCUAGCACCCGCACACUCUCCCCUGCCCUGACUACCGCCUCGGGAGAUGCACUCGCCCCACAACGCUUUGUCAUGCACGAGACAAAGGCACUCCGUUGUCUGAUCAACCGUGAGGCUCGGGGAAAAUUAUUUCCCACCGCGCCACACCGUCCACACACCCAGCGGCUGUCGCGUCUGUUACGGGAUCAUGUCGGCGGAUUAAAGCCCCAGACACGCGGUGUGGUAUUAUCACGAUGGCUCCGUGGUGGGGGUGGGGGGGGGGGGGGGUCGCAAUUCCACAAAACCUCGCCGAGAUUGCGCGCUUCGAACCCGACCUACACGGCUUCGCGUUCCGUCCUUGGCGAUGGCGACGGACGCGAGGUGUCCACCGUGAACCGGUCUCACAGCCGUGCCUGGGGCUAGACCGCUUGAGAGGGGCAUUAACGCUGGGACCGUGACCACGUGGCGCCAAUGGCGCCGCGUCGGUUCGAGUACCGGCAGCGCCGUAUCAUCGUGCGUGUACGUAGAGGCACCGGGGGGGGGGGGGGGGGACAUCUGUGGUCCACCAGUUAGUCUCUUGCAUGAACACUCCCGUGAAGAGGGUCAUGCAACGAGGCCCCUUUUUAAGUUUCCAUAUUAUUGGUUUAUUUUGUUACAUUCACACCAACGGCUUUGUUUUUCUCUUUUGAAGUCGCAAGCUGAGAGAUGGCCCCUUAUUAUUGUGCUGGCCAUUGUCAAAAUAAUGUGCCUCCGAGAUCAGUCUUUUGGGCGCAUUAUUGUGAUUCAUCUCAACCCUCCAGCGUUAUUUAUGAGCAGGCUCAAACAAGAAUUCACAGAAGCACUAACUUUGCUUAGCAAAAAACUGUAUUCUCGUUUUGCGAUAGUUGUGAAAACUAAGCUAAAUUAAUGAUCGUUUUCACACAGGGACACUGGUGAUACUAAUUAUUGAUGCACUGUUACCUUCCAACUAUUAAUGGAUUCCUUAUCAUUUCAACCACCUCUUUAAAUGUUAUCGGACUGUUUGUUACAUUUUAUCCUGGCUAAGGGGGGGGGGGGGGGGGGGUGGGCAAGAAUGUUGCUUGAGUGCUGCUGAAUGAAUUCUCUUUUGAAAGCAUUGGGGUAGUAAAGCUGGCGCAAACCCCUGACAUUUAUCAGUCACGCGAGGUCUAUCAAACUGCAGUAUACCGUCACAAUACAACCAAAUUCUCGAUACAAAUCAAUGCCUGCCACCCAAACACAUGCCAAUUUCUUGGACUGUUUGUUUCUCAAGGGGCUUUACUUAUGGCUUUACAAACGGGUUGGCAGCUGUCUGGGUUUGACCCUUUAUGCUCAGGAGCAGAAGUAGGUGACACUCCAUCACAGCAACCCACUCGUACCGUACAACAAGCCACCUCAUGGUCGCCUGCCCCCCCCCCCCCCCCCAAGUAGGAGAAUGGAUGCUGCAGCACCUACGCAUGCACAUGGUGCGUUUGUGUGUGGGGACGCACGUGCCUACGUCUGUCAGGGCAGUCACCCUCCAGCAACAACGGAGGGCAGAGGAGAGCGACGCUCACAACGGGCAGCUAAACAGUUGGCACAGUGGGUUAGCACAGUCGGUGCAUCUGAUGAUCACGGUUGACUGCGUAGAGUGCGAAAGAAGUUCAACAUGCAUGCAUAAUACAUCUGCCAGUCAUCUCGGUCAGUCAACCCACGGCGCCUGGGUCUAUUCCGUGACCUGCCCAGCGGGCCUUGGACACUUCACGUGGCCUCAGUGCACCUACCUAGCAUGGCACAUGCGCCGUGGUGACGUCCACCACUGCUUUGUGGUGAACGGCGGUCGUUGUGAUUACCUACGGCUGUGUUAAAACUAAUCUACCCUGAUCCCUCGUGCCACCGCCCACCGACAACCUGUCCAUUUGGCUUCAUAGACUCAUCAUCACUUUACAGGCGCAGUUUGCCCACGUGGCUAACUUGAAUGUACGGUUACUUUCGAGUUUGAGUGUGUGGUUUGCACUUUCCUAAAGUGCAGUGCAUGUCCCCAGACACCAGAUGUUGUCAUGUCUUAUCAGUCUUAACAGUUCCCUGGACCAUUCUCUCACUCCACCGAAUAUACAUUCUUGUGACCAAUGCUUAUGGAUACUUUCCGAGAUGCUAGCUAACCUUUAUUUAACCUUUUUUUAUUACUUUCAUUGUUUUUGUCUUACAUUAUUUUCCUUGGGUUAUACUUGUAAGUCAUCUCAGCGCGUGCAGGUUUUGUGUAGCUUAAUUUCCACGUUUCGUUUAAAAUAUAGGAAAAUCGUCAAAAGGCCGUGUUUCCAUAUAUAUACUGUAUGUCCACGACCCUGUAUGACAGUAAGUGACCCUUGCGUUUUUGUUCGUCACCCUCCUCCCCACGUUUGGAUAAAGAUGUCAGAUAUACAUUAUAUAUAUUUGUUUGCACUGGAUUGGUGACCGUGUGCUCAAUAAAGUCGACGCAAUGAUGUUGCGCUCAAUUGCG